AUGGAGACCCACAAUAUUAAUGCACCAUUCCUGCUCGUUUUUCCAGCAUCACCUUCGAAAUCUAUCUAUCUAUCUAUCUAUCUAUCUAUCUAUCUAUCUAAUCUGUUCAUACCUAUCGAUCUGUUUAUCUAUAUAUCUAUCUUUCUAUCUCAGUCUGUUCAUAUCUAUCUAGUCUGUUCAUACCUAUCGAUCUGUUUAUCUGUAUAUCUAUCUUUCUAUCUCAGUCUGUUCAUAUCUAUCUAUCUAUCUAUCUAUCUAUCUAUCUAUCUAUCUAUCUAUCUACGACAGAUUGGGAUGAGAUUCUUACAUCAGACCUAUAUAUAUAUAUAUAUUUUCAUCAUAACCUUCGAAUCUAUCUAUCUAUCUAUCUAUCUAUCUAUCUAUCUAUCUAUCUAUCUAUCUAUCUAUCUAUCUGUUCUAGUCUGUUCGUACCUAUUCAUCAAUUUAUCUAUAUAUCUAUCUUUCUAUCUCAGUCUGUUCAUAACUAUCUAUCUAUCUAUCUAUGACAUAAUCGAGCCAAAAGAUUCGGGGUAUCAUAGACACGGGGUUUUUUGUUCCUUCCUUCCUUCCUUCCUUCCUUCCUUCCUUCCUUCCUUCCUUCCUUCCUUUUCUUUUCUUUCUUUCUUUCGUUCUUUCUGUUGA